AUGUUGUCUUUAAUAUUCCAUAGUCUCUCUCACACUCACCUCCUACGGUCAAGGCCCACCUGCAUUCAAGGUCUGCAUCAAUUUGAAUGCAUUUAUCGUCACAUUCUUGCCUUCAUCGUCCGCCCAACAGACUCAUCAGCCGGGCCUGUCGACCCUAACUGCUACCUGCGUUCAGCUAUUCACUUACAGCAGGUUCUUUUAUCUGUUUCCUAUUCCAAUGCUUCAGAACUACCUUUUAUUGUUAAACAGGUAAACCCCCAUCUCUAG